AUGGAGAAAUUAAUAGGAGUCCAUCAGUUGAAAGAUAUACUCAACAACUUCCCAAGGACUGUAAAAUUUUGCUUUGCGUAUGGAUCUGCGGCGUUCAAACAAAUGAACAAUCAGUCGAACAGUAUGAUCGAUCUUGUAUUUGUUGUUCGUAAUGUAAAUCAAUGGCAUGCCGAAAAUUUAAAGCUCAAUCCAAAGCAUUAUGCCCAACCGCUGAAGCUUUUUGGACACAAGGCAAUUACUAACAUACAAGAGAAAUGGGGCGCUAAAGUAUAUUACAAUACGCUGGUUAAAAUGCCGCAAGGACAUAUGAUCAAGUACGGUGUAAUUUCUGAAGUUUCACUGAUAGAAGACCUACUGGAUUGGACUGACAUAUACUUAGCAGGGAGGCUACACAAACCAGUUAAAAUACUUGUGGAACCAAAUGAACAUUCUCAAUUACGCACAGCGUUGGUACAAAAUUUACAUUCGGCUGUACAUGCAGCAUUGUUGUUGCUCCCACAGCAUUUUACGGAAGUUGAGUUUUACAAAGUUAUAGCUGGCUUAUCCUAUAAUGGUGAUUUUCGUAUGACGUUUGGCGAAAAUAAAGAGAAAGUGAACAACAUUGUUUUACCCCAACUGACAUACUUUAGGCAAUUAUACAGCCCAAUUUUACAUCGUUUUGAGAAUUAUGUUGAUAUUCCAAAGUCUGAGAACAUGACUGUUACCUGCCAUCAAGAUACAAGCCCUACAACAAAAAUACAUCACUUGAAUCAGUUACCAAGAACACCGCAAGUCAAGCUUGUUAGGGCAUGGUCUCAAGGUCCCAGAUCAAAGGACACUGAAGAUUGUUUACGUGCAAUUGCUUAUGAUCCUGACUGUGGUGAAAUAUUAGAAGAUUGCUUGAGACAGAUUGUGUGGAGAUCCAGUGUUACCCAAAGUCUGAAGGGUAUUGUAACUGCUGGGUUUAUGAAAUCUAUUCAGUACAGUGCAGCGAAAGUAAUGAAGAUGUUGCAAACAAAUUCACAGAUAACUCCCCUUCCAAAAUUAGAGCCGAGUCAAAGUAAAGUUGAAAGAAUAGUGGAGAGUGUAAAGAAUCAGGCACAAUCAAAAGAAACAGACAAGCGCAUAGACUAG